AUGUAUCUUCUACUAGUAAUUGGUCUACAACUUGUUAAAAAUAUUUUUGUGACAAACUAUUAUCAAACUUCUACCAUAUCCCAUCACAACUACCACAUCCCUUCACAACCACCACCUACCAUCACAACUACCAUAUCCCGUCACAACUUCUACAUCCAACCACCACUACCACAUCCCAUCACAACCACAACCUACCAUCACAACUACCAUAUCCCGUCACAAUUACCACAACCCAUCGCAACAACUACAUCUCAUCACAACUACCACAACCUAUGCUUACUACCACAUCCCAUCACAACCACAACCUACCAUCACAACUACCAUAUUCAGUCACAAUUACCACAUCCCAUCAUAACUACCACAUCCCAUUGCAACUUCUACAUCCCACCACAACUACCACAACAACAUCCCAUCAUAACUACAACAUCCCAUCACAACAUCCCAUCACACUUCUACACCCCAUCACAACUUCUACAUCCAACCACCACUACAACAUCCCAUCACAACUACCACAUCCCAUCACAACAUCCCAUCACAACUACCACAUCCCAUCAUAACUACCACAUCCCAUCACAACAACUACAUCCCAUCACAACUUCUACACCCCAUCACAACAACCACAUCCCAUCACAACUACCACGUCCCAUUAAUAUCCCAUCAUGUCAUCCCAAAUUAAAACAUAAUGGUGAAUUGGACCAAAAGAAUAUUGCAGAACAUAGUAAUGAAGAGCUAAAGGAUUUCCUUGUGAGAGAUAUAGUAGAAGAAUUUAAAGACGAUUUUUUCAUUCAAACAAAAACAGACAUCAGCGACCUCAUUGGCGAAGAUAAUUGGGACAUGGACAUAGGUGAAACAACUUUAAACGCUACAGAUUUUAUGCAGAAUGAAAGCAUAAGCAAUACAAGCACAGAACUCUACGGGAACUUGUCAGUAGUAAUACAAGAGGCAACGAGCACCAUAGAAGAGAAAUCAGUUGUAAAUGAAAGUAUUACGAUAGAGAACCAACAACUGCUUGAGAAUUUUACAAAUCCAACCUAUGAAACAAGUGACACCGCUGGAAACAAUACAGCUAAACCACAGCCUUCAAGUAAAACAACUACAGAAACAAACCAGAGGGUAACAGAGAUGGACAUAGACUUUAACCAAUACAUCAAAGAUAACUCAAAACAAGGAACUCACACAACAAGUAAACCAAGCAACGACCAAAGCUAUAUAACAGAGUACUUUAAAGGCAAUCUCCAAUCAACAACCGCAUAUCCUAGACCAAAUAACCAUUGGGAAGAUAAAUUGCAGUUUGUACCUGUUGCUAAAGAGUUAACCACACAGAACCCAAAAGCACGUACCAAGUCCGAUAACCAUCGAAAUAUCAAGGGAGGUAAAUCAGGAUCAAGAAACGUUUAUGUCUACGAGACAGACAAAGACGAUGAUUUGAUGGUGGCUAACAAGGAAGAAGAUGAAUAUAUUCUUGUGAAGUAUAACAGUGGGACUGUACGGGUGAAACGGUCAAUUGAGGACUACAUUAGUGGUUCAGGUUCAGGAUCAGGAUCGGGGUCAGGAGCUUUAGCAGUACGUGGUGAAUUAUGGAUUUCUCCUGUUGUCAGCGGGAAUGAAUCGAUAAACGGAACGUCAGAGAACAAUAAAUUCAAGCAACGUUUGGCUUCAUCGCUCAAGGGGUAUCUGCGCACAUAUAUUAAAAGAAUGUCAUACACACCUUUAAAAUUUUCGUAUUUUGACGUAUAUAUGCUAAAGACAAGAAGAAAUUACACAAUAGUAGAGUUUGAAAUAUUUAUAUAUGAUUCUGUAAACGAAUACGACAACACAUUCGACUCCGACGUCCGUAUGGUAAUAGCUAAAGCCUUGGUCAACAUGAAAGCUAUCGUGCCAAAUUAUGAUGUCGUAUUAUCACAGUUAGAAAAUGUCACGGAUGUCAUGCAAGCAGCCAUAUGCAUAACAUGUAAGAGUUAUGAAAUCUGUGAACCAAUAAACAGCUAUCUAUAUGAGUGGUACUGCAAGCCAUUGGAAUCACGUAAGCUGCUAAUAAAUUUAAAUAUAUCCCUUGUUAUUUAUUAA